GUCCCUCCCUCUAAAACCACUCUGUGUGGGGAACAUGAGAGCCAGACCAAAGCUCAGAGGAAGAAAAGUAGAAGAAGAAGAAAACGUAAACCUAAAUCUGAACCGGAAACUGGACCUGGACCCAGCUGUGUGUCCUUAAAGAGCGACCAGUCUAAACAAGGCGUCGUUCAUUUCAAAGCCCGGCAGGCAUCUGCUGCAGAGAGAGAGAGGAAGAGGAGUGGUGUUUGUGAGGAGGACCAGCUGUCCUGUUGUGCUUUGUGUCAGGACGUCCUGAAGGAUGCAGUCUCUACCAGCUGUGGACACUGGUUCUGCAGACAGUGCAACUCCUCAUACUGGGACCAGUCUGCUUCAUCAGCAGACUCCUCCUGUCCCCAGUGUGGAGAAAGAUCCAGAACCAGAGCUGGACUGCAGACAGCCAGUCAGAGCAGCUGUGUACAAAAAGAUGUUGGUCUGCAGGAGGUUUUAGAUGAACAUAAGAUCAGUCUGAGGAGGAGAUGUGAACAUGUGACUGAAGGAAGUGAUGAAACAGGAAGUAGAACCCUCCUCAACAGGAUCUACACUGAGCUCUACAUCACAGAGGGACAGAGUGAAGAGGUUCAUACCCAACAUGAGGUGAGGCAGCUGGAGACAGCUUCCAAGAUGGACGCCCUCCAUGACACUCCAAUCAGGUGCCAGGACAUCUUUGAAGCCUUACCUGACCAACAGAGACCCAUCAGAGUGGUUCUGACCAACGGCGUUGCUGGUGUUGGAAAAACCUUCUCAGUGCAGAAGUUCACUCUGGACUGGGCAGAGGGCUUGGAGAACCAACAUGUCAGUGUGGUGGUUCUGCUUUCAUUCAGGGAGCUGAACCUGAUCAGAGAUGAGCAGUACAGUCUUCUGGAGCUGCUCAAUGUUGUCCAUCCAACAUUACAGAAGGUCACAGCAGAGAAGCUGGCUGUCUCUCAGCUUUUGUUCAUCUUUGACGGCCUGGAUGAAAGCAGACUUUCAUUGGAUUUCACCAACAGGAAGCUGCUGUCUGAUGUCACACAGAAGUCAUCAGUUAGCCAGCUGCUGACAAACCUCAUCCAGGGGAAUCUGCUUCCCUCGGCUCUCGUCUGGAUAACUUCUCGACCUGCAGCAGCCAAUCAGAUCCCUCCUACAUGUGUUGACAGGCUAACAGAAGUACGAGGCUUCACUGACGCCCAGAAGGAGGAGUACUUCAGGAGGAGAUUCAGUGAUGAAGAGCUGUCCAGCAGAAUCAUCUCCCACAUGAAGACAUCCAGGAGCCUCCACAUCAUGUGUAGUAUCCCAGUCUUCUGCUGGAUCACUGCUACAGUUCUGGAGCACAUGUUGACUACAGAGCAGAGAGGAGAGCUGCCCAAGACCCUGACUGACAUGUACUCACACUUCCUGCUGGUUCAGACAAAGAGGAAGAAGAACAAGUACCAUGAGGGACAUGAGACGAGUCCACAGGAGCUGAUGGAGGCUGACAGGGAAGUUCUUCUGAAGCUGGGGAGGCUGGCGUUUGAACAUCUGGAGAAAGGAAACAUCAUGUUCUACCAAGAAGACCUGGAGCAGUGUGGUCUGGAUGUGACAGAGGCCUCGGUGUACUCAGGAGUUUGUACAGAGAUCUUCAAAAGAGAGUGUGUGAUCUUCCAGAAACCAGUCUACUGCUUUGUUCAUCUGAGCAUUCAGGAGUUUCUGGCAGCAGUCUACAUGUUCCACUGUUUCACGAACAGGAAGAUAGAUGUGAUGAGGAGCUUCCUGGGGAAACACUAUAAUAACUUAUAUCUGGAUGAUUUCCUUGAGAGGGUCAAGGAGAAAUCCCUCCAGAGUAAAAAUGGCCACCUGGACCUGUUUGUUCGCUUCCUUCAUGGCCUCUCUCUGGAGUCCAACCAGAGACUCUUGGGAGGUCUGCUGGGUCAGACAAAGACCAGUCCAGGAACCAUCCAGAGAGUCAUCAACAACCUGAAGGAGGUGAACAGUGAUAAAAUCUCUCCUGACAGAAGCAUCAACAUCUUCCACUGUCUGAUGGAGAUGAACCACCUCUCAUUAUUUCAGGAGAUCCAAGAGUUCCUGAAGUCAGAGAACAGAUCAGAGAAGAAACUCUCUGAAAUCCAGUGCUCAGCUCUGGCCUUCAUGGUGCAGAUGUCAGAGGAGGUUCUGGAUGAGUUGGAUCUGCAGAAGUACAACACAUCAGAGCGGGGACGACUGAGACUGAUUCCAGCUGUGAGGAACUGCAGAAAGGCUCGACUGACUCAGUGUCGACUCUCAGAGACUCACUGUGAAGUUGUGGCCUCAGCUUUGAAGACCAACCCCUCCCAUCUGACAGAGCUGGACAUGAGUGAGAACAACCUGCAGGAAUCAGGAGUGAAGCUUCUGUGUGCUGGACUGGAGAGUCCAAACUGUCGACUGGAGACUGUGAGACUGAGUCACUGUGACCUGUCAGAGAGAAGCUGUGAAGCUCUGUCCUCAGGUCUCAGCUCGCAGUCCUCUAAUCUGAGAGAGCUGGACCUGAGUAACAAUAACCUGAAGGAUUCAGGCGUGAAGCUUCUGUCUGACGGACUGAAGAGUCCACACUGUACACUGGAAACUCUCAGUCUGUCAGGCUGUCUGAUCACAGUUGAAGGCUUUACUUUUUUGGCCUCAGCUCUGAGCUCCAACCCCUCCCAUCUGAGAGAGCUGGACCUGAGCUACAAUCAUCCAGGAGACUCAGGAAUGAAGCUGCUGUCGGCUGGACUGAAGGAUCCAGGCUGGAGACUGGACACUCUCAGACUGAGUCUCUGUAACCUGUCAGAGAGAAGUUGUGAAGCUCUGUCCUCAGGUCUCAGCUCUCAGUCCUCUAAUCUGAUCAAGCUAGACCUGAGUAACAAUGACCUGCAGGAUUCAGGCGUGAAGUUUCUGUCUGAAGGACUGAAGAAUCCACACUGUAAACUGGAAACUCUCAGUCUGUCAGGCUGUCUGAUCACAGAGGAAGGCUGCACUUCUCUGGCCUCAGCUCUGAGCUCCAACCCCUCCCAUCUGAGAGAGCUGGACCUGAGCUACAAUCAUCCAGGUGACUCAGGAAUGAAGCUGCUGUCGGCUGGACUGAAGGAUCCAGGCUGGAGACUGGACAUCGACACAAACACAGUGAACACAAAGCUCCAACUGUCUGACAACAACAGGAAGGUGACACAUGUGGAGGAGGUUCAGUCAUAUCCUGAUCAUCCAGACAGAUUUAAUGUUUAUCCUCAGCUGCUGUGUAGAAAUGGUCUGACUGGUCGCUGUUACUGGGAGGUCGAGUGGAGAGGAUACGUUUAUAUAUCAGUGAGUUACAGAAGCAUCAGAAGGAAAGGAGUCAGUGAUGACUGUUGGUUUGGACACAAUGAUCAGUCCUGGAGUCUGAGCUGCACUGAUGAUGGUCCUCGUUAUGUCUGGCACAAUAACAGACACACAACCAUCUCCUCCUCCUCCUCCUCCUCCUCCUCCUCCUCUGUCUCUAACAGAGCAGCAGUGUAUGUGGACUGUCCUGCUGGCACUCUGUCCUUCUACAGAGUCUCCUCUGACACUCUGAUCCACCUCCACACCUUCAACACCACAUUCACUCAAACUCUUUAUCCUGGGUUUGGGUUAGACUGGCCUCCUGGUUCCUCAAAAUGA